AUGCUCCGGUUGCGUUGGUGGUGUUGGUGGUGCAUAUCGCUGGUGCUUGCGGCCGCACAGGAAAUGCUGAUCAGUGAGGAGCUGGAAACGUGCAGCACGCUCGAUAGGGCGACCGUGGAGCAGGCGUUCGGCGAUGCGGCGGACGACUUUCACGGAAAAGUCACGGUGCUUUUUAAUGUGGCCCCACCGAAACCGGUGCAAACGCCGCGCGUUUUUGCGGAUCGGGAUCCGAUUCACUACAACAAGAUCGACUAUCGCGAGCAGAUUAACCUAUACCACAAUCUGUACCGGAUGUUCCGCAGCCAGGAACCGUACCGGAAUGGAGUUCGGUUUUUGCUGAGCGCUUCCCUGCAUCGCGUACCGUACGAGCUGGUGGAGUACAAUUUUACGGACUUCUUUCGCUCCGUCCAGACGCUAGCAGGCGGGCAUAACUUCACCGUCUAUCCCAACCAUUUGACCGAGAAUCGAACCUUCGCGCUGUUCGGCUUGCGGGAGUUUCAGGUUUACGUCAUCGAUCGUUGCUUACGCGUUUCGUACAUCAUUCAGCCACCCUGGAGUCUGCUGCAGUAUGCAUACGUAAAGGCGGCCGUCUUAUCAACGUUCUACGAUCGUCCGUGUGGGAAAUGUGAGCUCGAAAACUUUCUCAACUCGACGGUAUUGGAUGAUGAGAAGGGCCAUGGAAAACUAGCAUCGAUCACCAGUUGGGCUAAACCGUACGAAGAAACCUCGGAUGAGUAUACUACACCUAGCGAGGAUGAAAAUGAAGGCGAAGGAUCGCACAGCGAGGAAGAGGAUGAUGAGAACGAUCCAAAUAGAGAUCGCACCAGCACCACCAAAGAUGAUUUUGAUCCUUUCGCGAAUCUAACUGUAACAGGGCCUGAGUUAUCGUUACCCUUGCGUAUAAUACUCCCAGUGCCACAUAUUCACGUUCAAUCACAAUCGAAGCCGGACAAUGAGACCGGGGAAAAUAAUUCCACACAAUUGCACGAACUUCAUCAAUACAUUGUGCUCCAUUCGAAUGACACUGAUCGUCACCAUCAUCAGGUCGGUCUGGCUCCACAGAACAACGAUGUUAAGCUGGAGGAACUAACGCUCGCAUUUAAUUCAACCAUGGUGGACAAUCCGAGUGCAGGAAAUGAAUCCGAUUCGAACAACAUUCGUAUCGAGGGCACCGACUGGCCAAUGGAUCAGCUACGGGAGAUCCUAAAUGCAAGUUCCGUACUGUACGAUUCGGCCCAACAACGGGUUUUCGAGCGGUUACAGAGGUAUAAUUUAACGGAACGAUUACAGUACGACGAAGUGUCGGAAAUUUCGGUGGCCAACCGCUACGCCGCCUGGAACCGACGUCGUAUGCCACCCAAAACGGAACAACCACGUCAUAACCGCCGAUCGCAGAUAAAGAAACAUUACGCCCGGUUGAUUCCGUGGCUUAACUGGACGUUUGGGAAACCCAUUCCUCCGGUAAAUGCGGGAAAGCUGAGAGCUUCAAGACGAUUGAAUUGAAUUUUCGUUGACCAGAGAAGUUUAACUUAAAAUAUUACUGAAAUACUACCGA